AUGACUUAUCCAGACCGUGUAACCGUGUUGCACAAGCUGCGCUCUGAGCCCACGGAUGAAACAGAUUCGUUCAUUCUGGACGUCGUCAUCCUGUCCGAGCGGCACCGCAGGCCAGCCGCACGCUGUGUAGAGGACAUUGUUGUGUAUGACUACCGGCGGGGCAAGAAGACGCCUCUCAAGCCAUUCAUGCUGAAGCAAUUCCGGGAGACGUUUGCGCUGCAGGAGGCCGCCAAGCAGAAGUACAGCGCCAGGGUUGACGUGCUGUCAAAGCAGGUUAGGGCGCUAGAGACGUCCAGCUGGGACCGGCCAGACGCAAAAGAGGACUUUGGCAGCGCCGGCGCUUGA